AUGGAGCACAAUACAACCGCUGAGGCGCUGGUGGUCGUGCCAGGGGCUCAGCUGCACCAGGUCGAAGGCGGUGUGCAACGCCUCCUGGGCGUGGGUGACCUUACAAUCAGCCUGGUUGGCGAGGGCGACGCGCAGGUCGUGCGUGCUCAGGUGGGCUCCAACGGCUGGAACCUUGGAAAGCACCUGCCUGCCCUGAAGGCCGCGCCCACGAUCUACUCCUUCGGCCUGGAGCACACCCGCGCGAUCUACUACUGCCUGGUCCUGCCGCCAGACACAGCCGCGCCCGCGCUGGAUGCCGUGGAGGACGUUCUGGCGAGCAGCUGUGCCUACAGCACCGCGCGCCAGGUCGACGCCGCCUAUGAGGAGGCAGACAAGCUGGCGGGCGGCAAGGAAGCCAGGGAGGUCGAGAGGAUUUCGGCCGCGCAGCCGCCGCAGCCAGGCGCGGCGGCGGCCGCGGCGCACCCGGGCGGCGAGAGCGCGCAAGCGGCGGGGCCCGAGCCCGGGUCGGCGGCGGCGACGGGGUACGCGGGCACGCCCGCGGCGGCACCAACGCCCGCGGAGGAGGUGCCGCCCACGGCGCAGCCCGCGGCGGAGCUGGCGGCGGCGGCGGCCGGGCCGUACCCGGCCCCGCUGGCCUCGCCGCCCGCCGCGCCAUCUGCCGCCGGACCCGUUACCAGCCCAUAUCCCGCCCCGCUAGUGACGCCCCCUUCGUCAGCCACAACCGACGCGCCCGCCGCCGGCCCGCUCCCUAUGCUGCCCGCGGCGCCGCCCGCCCCGCGCCCCUCCGGCCCGCAAGAUACUGCCCCGGCGCCCACACCCGGGGCUGUGCCCCCUGCCGCCGUCCCCGCAGUCGCGGCCGCCGCGGCGGCCACAGCGGCGGCCAAGCCGGGCAUUGCCGAUCGCGUGGCGAACGGCCUCCUGUAUGGCGGGGGCGUGGCAGCAGACCUGGUUAAGAAAGGAUCUGGCGCCCUGUCAGAUGCGAUCGUGGCCUUCAAGGACAAGCAGGCGGCCAGGGUGCCCGCGCCCGAUGCCCAGCCGGCACAGGUGUCGCCCCACUUCAAGCGAGGCCUCAAAGUGGUCGCUACUGUCGCCUGCGGCGCGGCCUACGUCACCGGCCGCCUGGCGGCGCUCGUGGGCGACGCGUCUUACGCACUCGCCCUGAAAAUUGCCAAGGCGCUGCCGGGCCACAGCGAGCGGCGCCCGGGCGUGGUGGCUGGCAGCGGCGAGGGGGCCGAGCUCGCCCCUGAGGAGCGGACGGCGUUCAAGACGGUGGGAGCUGCGGGGCUGAUGGCGUAUGUCCAGGUGUAUGAUGCCUUGGAGGAUGCAGCAAAGCAGGUGCUCAGCCAUAGCGCAGAGGCGAGCGCCGAGUACAUCCGCUUCAAGUACGGCGAGGAGGCCGGCAAGGCGGCGCAGGACAGCGUCCCGGUGGCACAGGACAUGCUGUCAGCGGCCAUCAACUGCACGCGCCUGGGCGCGCGCGCGAUGGUGUCAAAGACGGCCAAGAGGGCCGCCAAGAUCUACCUCAAGUCAACGGUGGCCGGCCAGCACCCAGACGAGCAGGCCAGCACCCGUAGCAGGCUGGGCGCCGCCUCCGGAACUGCCCUGGCCAGCGGCCAGCGCCCGCAGGCGCCACCGACGGCGUGA